GCAUAUGUUGCAGAACCCCAAGAAUCCACAGCCUUAUUUGCGCAUUCAAGACGAGCUAGUGGCGAGGCAAGUUAUCGACAGAGCAACAGCGGAAAGAACAUAUUACCUUUGACAAAACAUUUUCAAAUGCGUUUUACAUAGGAUCGACUUUAAAACUUAAUGCCCUUGAGGAUUUUUUGACGGCUGCAACAUAUUUAUUCAUCAACGCAUAACGCCAAACGCAGAAAACGUCACCACGAUAACGAAUUAUGACUUUAGUAACAGUUAUAUGCGCCUGUAUUUGCAUAUGUUCUGCCAAUCUCCUCGGAGUAAAUGGGACUGCUUACCAUUUCCCCAGUUUGAGGAUACGAGACAACUCCGACGUUAGCGCUGGACCACCGGUCGGGACGAAGGCGCAUCACAGGAACUGGUGUCAGUACACAGUGUCCAAGACUGUAUCAUGCCAGGUGCAGAAUGGCACAGAGACGCUUGUGCAGCGGGUGUUUCAGAGCUGCCGAUGGCCAGGUCCUUGCACCAAUCUCAUCAGCUACAGGACUCUUGUCCGGCCGACCUACCGGCUGUCACAGCGACGUGUGACAGCACUGGAGUGGCGCUGCUGCCCAGGCUUCCUUGGAGAGGACUGCAGAGAGGAGUGCCUGAACUGCACUGGCUAUGCUACCAUCAACGACAGACUGAGGCUGAUAGAGAAUAAGGUCUCGUUGCUUGGGGAGCUGGGACCCUCGUCAACACCUCCCCUCCGCCGCACACCAGAGGUGUCAUCGGGGAAUGAGGUGGGCUCUCUCCACCCCACCCUCCUCCCCCUCUACAGACCCCUGCCAGGGCCCAGGGGGGCUCCAGGUCCAGCUGGCCCCCCGGGCGUUGCUGGACCCCCAGGAGAGCUGGGACUCGCAGGGCACCCAGGCCCUAUGGGACCUCAAGGGGCUCAGGGCCCGCGUGGUUACCCAGGUGAGAGAGGCCUUCCUGGGCCACCAGGGCCUCCAGGUCCAGCCUCCACCACUCCACAGCUACGGGGUGACGUGUUCACACUCAGCACCAGAGAGCAAUAUAAGGACUCCCCACUGUCCUCCUAUCUAAAGAUCUUACCGGGCAUCCCCGGCCCUCCUGGUCCACCAGGUCGGCCAGGCCCAGCCGGGCCCUCUGGGUCGCCAGGACUUCCAGGCCUGAAUGCUGAACCAGGGGCCUCUGGGAAGCCUGGAAUGCCGGGGCAGAAGGGAGAUCGUGGUGAGAGGGGUUUUCCUGGAUUCAGUGGAAAGUCAGGUCUACCAGGUCCUUCAGGACCUAAAGGAGAACCAGGAGACCCUCAUCCAGAGGCUGAGGGGAUGCAACAGCUUAGAGAGGCUCUGAAGAUUCUGGCAGAGCGGGUUCUGAUUCUGGAACACAUGAUUGGCAUCCAUGAUGGUCUGACGGAGCUGGGCUCCGGCCUUGAUCUCCUGUCUAACCUCAUGCCAACCGCAGAGACGCUCAGGAGUAAUAGAGGCCUCGCGAACCUGCUGUACCCUCGGCCCGCAGGAGAGGAAGAAUAUCCAAUCAGAGAGGAGCGCGUCAGAAGGGGAGAGGACCGCUGAACACCCCGAGUCACAGUGGGUUUGGGAUCUGACACUGGGCACGGGGGGAUGUAUGUUGGACGAUCCCAAGACACAGACUAAGCAGUGGUCAUCCUUAACGGACUUUCGAUUCUGUGAUAAUGACUUUAUUUGGUUGUUUAUUUUUUUAAUUAUUUCUUUUUUAUAAGUGUUGCAAUGUUGUUUAGACGUGAUGAAAUAUAUCGUGUUGACAAACCCCUUGGAUUUGUCCAAAGUGCUGAGAUUUUGUCUGAGGAAUCUAAAGUGUUUUGACUGUUUACAAAGGGGGAGAUUUUUUGCGCCGAAAGAGGUACUUUCACAUUCUGUCCUGUUUACUGUUUAGAUGGAGUCAGAAGUUUCAGGUUUCUCUAUCUGAUUUUUAUUAAGUAUGCACAAAAAUAAACAGUUGUGUAUAAAGU